UAUCUGUUUGCUUGAAUCGAAUAGGCCUUGGAACUCUGAAUCCAUUUGAAUAAUCCUUUCCCUGUAAGAAAGCUACACUUUCUGCGUUGGACAUGGGCUAAGCUUUAUCGGGUUACAGGAAGAAGUUUCCCCUUGCUAGUAGUCAAUUCGCAUCGCACCGUACACGGCAUUUCCCGCGGUUAUCGGGAUAAAAUCCUAUGAUACUCGGAAAUAGUGUAGCUUUCAACUGUGAAGUGAAAGUUGUGAACAGUGAAAUACGUCCAUUUUAUUCUAUUAGUAUAAAUAAUAGGUACCUAAACGUGCAUAUAGUAGGGUAACCAGGUAACAUAAUUCUCCAUCUUUUGAACUCACACAGAACACUGCCCCGGGCCCAGCGACGACAUUUUUGGCUGUACCUACCAUUCUAAUCUGUGCUGUUUGUUGAUAUAAUCUGUUAUGUCAAUCGGGGUUUCCAUUUGCGCAUUUGCGUAGUUUACAAACGUUCGAACAGGUAAAUCAAAAGAUAUAUUUAGAAUCCCGUUAGUAGAUAUGAAACUUGCUGAAUUUGCCGACCUAAGAAAAGGCACAUAAAAACGGAAAUUAUCUAUUUAGGUACCUACAUAUGUAGACCAGUGUUUUAAAAGUGAUAACAUAAAAAGACGAUACUGUGAAUAAUAAUCAUUUUCCUCAUCAUAAUGAGUAAGAUAGCAACAUACGUAUUUUUUGACCUGCAGACAACCGGACUUCCACGUACUUGGCAUGGCGAAGUCCGAAUUAUAGAACUAUGCAUGUUAGCUGUGAAGAGAUUACAGUUAACAGAUUUAAGCCAUUCAGCUGAAAAGCCACCAAUUCAGUUCAAAUUCAAAAUGUACUUCGACCCUCAGAAGGACUUACACCCAAUGAGUUCUGUUCUCACAAAACUAAGUAAAGAUCUUUUGAAAGAUGAACCAGAAUUUAAUACAGAUGUAAUUGACGCCAUGAACAGUUUCCUCAGUUGCCUGGAGAAACCUGUGUGUUUGGUUGGCCAUAAUGCCUUCAUAUUCCACUUCCCUUUACUCCAAUACCACAUUAAUAAACUGAAGGUCUCAUUAUUGGGUGACAUCAUGUGUUCAGACAGCAUAUACGCCUUUUAUGAUAUAUUGGAGCCAGAAACAUAUAAUUGGCCAAAAGAAAUUGAUGGUAGAACUGCUGAUGAUGAAUCUGAAACCUCUGAAGAUGAUGAACUGCUCGAUAGAGAUGGGCAUCUUAACAAAAUGAUCAAACAUACAAAGUAUUAUAAAGUUGGUAAAAAAAAGUUUAAGAAACUACGGCGGUCAAAAUUUUAUGGUUUACCAAGGUUUAAACCUCAAGCAUCGUACAAAUUAAAAGAUAUCUACCGUCGAAUUGAUGGUGGUCAUCUUAAGAAUAACGAAUCAGAAGAUCAAUGUAUGAUGGUUAUGAAAAUAGCACUAGCAAGAAUUGAUGAAUUUAUAGAUUGGGUGCACAGAAACCACAGCCCCUUUUCCCAGGUACCGAUUAUUAAAAUGUUCGAUUAGAUUUAAAUGCCUACAAUAUUUUAGUUCUUAGUUUGUAAGUAUUUCACUAAAGGUAUGUAAUGCCAUAUUUUCUUACUUAGAUUAUGCAACUUAUGGCCACUU